UUCUCACUUCGAUUCUUGUCCUUCCUUGCUGUCCUCCACGCUUGAAGCACCACUCGCCUGACAUACCGACAUCUCAUCAACGAAUCUCUAGCUGCCAUGUAUCUCAACGCGGCUACGCUUGCCCUGGCCUUCGCCAGCGGCGCCGCUGCCCACGCUACCAUGUACGGCGUUUGGGUGAACGGGGUCGACCAAGGCGACGGCAGGAACGUCUACAUUCGCUCCCCUAACACCAACAGCCCUGUCAAGGACCUCUCGAGCCCCAACCUGGUUUGCAACGACAACGGUGCCAAGGCCGCCGGCUCCUUCAUCCAAGCCGCUGCCGGCGACACCCUGUCGUUUGAGUGGUACCACAACUUCCGCAACGACGACAUCAUCGACGGCUCGCACAAGGGUCCCAUCAUCACCUACAUCGCCCCCUACACCGAGGGCAACGGUGCCCAGUCCAUCUGGACCAAGAUCGACGAGGCCGGCUAUGACGGCUCUACCUGGGCCGUCACAAAGCUCAUCGCCAACAAGGGCAAAUAUGACUUCAAAAUCCCGGCCAACCUUGCCGCCGGCCGGUACCUGUUUCGCCAGGAGAUCAUUGCCCACCAUGAGUCCGACACUGCGUACAAUGUCAACCCGGCCCGCGGUGCCCAGUUCUACCCCAGCUGCGUGCAGGUCGAGGUGACGGGCUCCGGCUCUGCUGUCCCCGACCAGAACUUCAACUUCAACACCGGCUACACCUACGCGGACCCGGGCAUCGUCUUCAAUCUGUACGCCAGCUUCAGCAGCUACCAGAUCCCCGGCCCCAAGGUCUGGACCGGCGCCGGCUCGGGCUCCUCUCCCGCGCCCUCGUCGGCUGCCAGCCCGAGCUCCUCUUCUGCUGCCGCCGCCACCUCCACCUCUGUGGCCGCUGUCUCUACCACCACGGCUCCCAGCUCAGUCGUCGUCGUCCCGACUACCACCGCCGCCGCUUCCACCACGUUCGUGACCUCGACCGCACAGCCCUCCCCGACCAAGUGCCCGGGUCGCCGCCGCAGGAGGUCUACCCGCAGGAGGCUCUAAAUUGGGAGGGUAUUCAGCACUCCACCUGAUUCGGCCGCUCACUGUUCUCUUUUCUACUGAUGUUGGGAAUACUCUCAAGACCACCCAUGGCUCGGGCUGUGCUCGAGCUUGCUGUCGUCGAGAUGACUUCUAUCUUGUCGCUGUGCGCGUAGUUAAGCG